AGGGCGGGCAAGACACUCCGAGCUGAUUUAGCUAUUGGCCAUGAAACACUCAGAGCUGAUUUCUGGGAAAAAUCGCGACGAUUGCGUCAGUUGAGUUUUUCAGAAGGAAGCAAAAGCACUUUACAUGUAAAUACACAAACGUUUUUGUCAGCCACUUUAUAAGCGCUCGUGUACAUACAGAGUCGCUUAUUGUGAACGAGUGAAUAGACGACCAUUAGCGCGAGCAGACCUUAUCAUAUAUAUAUACAGAUAUCUUCCUGGCUAGUCUCGCUCGUAUAGUUCCAGAGGUUUGUACACAGUUCAGGUGGUGACAAAAAUGUCUAACAGCAAAGAAACACCAAAGCUGACCGCAGGACAAGAAGAAAAACUGAAGCUAAUCACGAGGAAUUUGCAGGAGGUUCUAGGUGAAGACAGACUGAAAGAGAUUUUGACGAAGCGUGACCUGAGUUACUGGGGAACUGCCACCACAGGCAAACCUCACAUCGGCUACUUUGUUCCCAUGUGUAAAAUUGCAGACUUCCUCAAGGCCGGGUGUGAGGUGACAAUUCUGUUUGCGGACCUCCAUGCCUACCUGGACAACAUGAAGUCUUCGUGGGAACUUCUAGACCUGAGAGUAAAAUACUAUGAGGCGGUGAUCAAGGCCAUGUUGAAGUCCAUUGGUGUUCCUUUAGACAAGCUCAAGUUCAUCAAAGGCACAGACUUUCAGCUGAGCAGGGAGUACACGUUGGAUGUGUACAAGAUAGCAUCUAAUGUGACUGAGCAUGAUGCUAAGAAGGCGGGUACGGAAGUUGUGAAGCAAGUGAAUCAUCCAUUGCUUAGCAGUUUGCUGUAUCCUUGUCUGCAGGCUUUAGAUGAGGAGUACUUGAAAGUUGACGCUCAGUUUGGAGGCAAUGACCAGCGUAAGAUUUUUGUCUUUGCUGGAGAGUGUCUGCCACAGAUUGGCUAUGACAAGAGGAUACAUUUAAUGAACCCCAUGGUGCCUGGCCUGAAAGGCAGCAAAAUGAGCUCUUCAGAAGAAGACUCUAAGAUUGACCUUCUGGAUUCUGAAGAGCAGCUGAAGAGAAAAAUAAAUCAGGCAUUUUGUGAGCCUGGAAAUGUUGAUGACAAUGGCGUUUUGUCCUUCUGCGAACAUGUGCUCUUACCUCUCAGAAAUUCAAAAGAUUUUGAAAUUAAACGGGCUCCAGAGCAUGGUGGCAACAUGAUGUUCAAAACCUUUGAGGAAUUGAAGGAUGCCUUUAAAAAACAGACGGUGCACCCUGGAGACCUCAAGAAGGCUGUGGAAGGUUACCUGAAUGAACUCCUUAAACCUAUUCGUGCUGAGUUCAGUUCACCUGAAAUGAAGGACCUUGUUGAGGCCUACCCAGAAGAAUCAAAGGAGAAGAAGGGCCAGAAAGCAUAAGGAUCCAGCAAAGCAUGGUGGAUCCAAAAUUUCCAACUGAUCUUCGCUCAUCUCUUCUCUUAAGAAAAGAAGACAUUUUCCAUUCAAUAAACAAUAUAAAAAAAAUUAAAAAAAAAACCAACAUGAAGCACACUCAUGUAAAUGGACAUUAUUCUUAACAAGAUGGUCAAAUCUGAGUUUCAAGUCAGAGUAAUGCAGUGAAUGACAUUGUGCUUAUCUUUUUCUGUAAUGCGUACAAAACACUGGAAUCCAAGCACUGCAUGUCCAUUAAAGCAAUACUAGUUAAAAAUCUCUCAAGUAUUUCCAGACUUGUUUCUUUUUGUCAUUUUGGCUUUAAUCCUGUAUCAUCAAUCAUACAACUUUUCAUGUCAUUGAGCUCUUCUCUUUGGGAAGUAAAGGACGAUUCUGUUUAUAUAAAUAGUGUUUGUAGCAUAUAAGAAUGUUUACAAGGAUUAACAUUAAGAUGUUAAUCUAUUAAGUAGCUGCUUUGAUAAUAUUUUGCAUGUCUCUAUAUCACUUAACCUUUUUUAUUAAUCUCGUAAAUUAAUAACCCUUUAGUCUAUAAAUUAUUAAAUAUGAUAAUCAGUCUACCACACCCAUCAGCUUUAAUGUUACAGAUGUAGUUUUAAGUCUUUAUUUUAAUAAUUAAAUAGAUGCUAUUGUUUUCAAUGGUAGUAUAAUCCACAUAUGUUUAAUUUCUAUUUUCUUAAAAAAGUGCAAUUGACACAAGUGAAAAGUAAGAGAUCAGGACUGUAGUCUCAACACUAACAAUUUAAUAUUAAAUUGUUACUCUGAGAAGAAAAUAAAGUUUUUUCCUCCAAAGUG